AUGACAUUGAUUGUGGAUGAUAGCGAGUCUGUCACUAGACAAUACAUUGGAGAUCUAGAACAAGAAGUCAGAUCUCUGGAGGAGGAGCUUGCAGCGGGUGAUCAGAGCCACUCAAUCCCCACCGUGACGGCCUCUGCUGAGCACGCGGAACAUAUUGGAUCACACGAGGGUCGAGAACCUUCCCCUAAUUUUAUCGAGGGUGGCGGCUUGAGUUUUAUACGACAUCUCUUUGCAGAUACCGGAUGGCGAGAGCACGAUUCUAGUUUGCUUCGGAACCUUUCUAAGGGUUCGGGGCCAGCUGAAGCAGGAGUCAAGUCAGCCCCUCUCCCAUCGGUGGAGCAGGGUAGGGUGGUCUUUGAUAAAUAG